AUGGCGGACCUCGAAGCAGUGCUGGCCGACGUCAGCUACUUAAUGGCAAUGGAGAAGUCAAAAUGCACUCCAGCAGCACGAGCAAGUAAAAAAAUCGUGUUACCAGAUCCAAGUGUGCGCAGCGUCAUGCACAAAUACAUGGAGAAAAAGAACGAAGUAAAUUUUGACAAAAUAUUUAAUCAAGUUCUAGGUUAUUUAUUAUUUAAGGAAUUCUGCGAACAAACGUCAGAAGAACCAGUGCCACAGUUAAAAUUUUAUGAAGAGAUAAAAUUAUAUGAGAAACAAGAAUGUGUUGAAGAAAGGCGGCGGAUCGCGAGGGAUAUUUACGACAAUUUUAUUAUGAAAGAACUAUUGGCGCAUUCUCAUGAUUAUUCCAAAGAGUGUGUAGCGCACGUACAAAAAUAUUUAAUGAAACACGAAGUACCACCGAAUUUAUUCGAGCCUUAUAUCGAAGAAAUUUUUCAACAUUUAAGAGGAGAACCGUUUAAAAAUUUCUUAGAAAGUGAUAAAUACACAAGGUUUUGUCAAUGGAAGAAUUUAGAACUGAACAUACAACUAACGAUGAACGACUUCAGCGUCCAUCGAAUCAUCGGUCGAGGUGGUUUUGGUGAGGUUUACGGCUGCCGGAAAGCGGACACGGGUAAGAUGUAUGCGAUGAAGUGCCUCGACAAAAAACGCAUCAAGAUGAAGCAAGGCGAGACGCUCGCGCUAAACGAGAGGAUCAUGUUAUCUCUAGUCAGUACCGGGGUGGACUGCCCUUUCAUCGUGUGCAUGACGUACGCAUUCCACACGCCUGACAAGCUAUGUUUCAUCCUCGAUCUGAUGAACGGCGGUGACCUGCACUACCACCUCUCACAGCAUGGCGUCUUCAACGAAGCAGAAAUGAAGUUUUAUGCCGCUGAAGUAAUUUUAGGAUUGGAACACAUGCACAAACGCCACAUAGUAUACAGGGAUUUGAAACCAGCGAAUAUAUUACUGGACGAACAUGGACACGUGCGAAUAUCGGACUUAGGACUUGCAUGCGACUUCUCAAAGAAGAAACCACACGCUAGUGUGGGUACACACGGCUACAUGGCGCCCGAAGUACUCUCGAAAGGCACAGGUUACGACUCCUCAGCGGACUGGUUCAGUUUCGGCUGUAUGCUAUACAAGUUGUUGAAGGGGCAUUCGCCCUUCCGCCAACACAAGACCAAGGACAAGCAUGAGAUCGACAGAAUGACGUUAACAAUGAACGUGGAGCUGCCGGAGUCGUUCAGCCCGAGUCUGAAGAGUCUGCUGGAGGGACUGCUGCAGCGUGACGUCAACAAACGACUCGGCUGCAAGGGCAGGGGUGCAGACGAGUUGAAAGAGCACGUUUUCUUUGCGGGCAUUGAUUGGCAACAAGUGUACCAUCAGAAAUACACUCCGCCGUUAAUACCGCCGCGUGGAGAAGUCAACGCUGCAGACGCCUUCGAUAUAGGCAGCUUUGAUGAGGAAGAUACGAAGGGUAUAAAGUUGACCGAAGCAGAUCAGAUGCAGUACAAAGACUUUCCGCUUGUGAUCUCCGAGCGCUGGCAAUCGGAAGUAGCGGAGACUGUGUUCGAAACAAUCAAUCAAGAGGCAGACAAGAUGGAGCUCAAGAAGAAGUCCAAGCAGAAGCAAAAGUUUGAUGCUGAUGAAAAAGAAUCAGAUUGCAUCCUGCACGGCUACAUUAAAAAGCUGGGCGGUCCUUUUGCCAGUGCUUGGCAGACGCGGUACGCGAAACUGUAUCCAAAUAGGCUGGAACUACACUUGGAGAACAGUGCCAAGCCGGAGAUGAUACUGCUGGAUACUGUGGAGGAGGUCUCUUCGGAUCUCGUAUCUAUUAAAGGCGAGCAGUGUAUCGUGCUGCGUACUAGGAAUGACACAAAAAUUGUGCUCACUAAUACCGACGAGAUCGGUCUGAAGGAGUGGGCGCUGUCGCUGCGGUCGGCGCACAAGUGCUCGCAGGAGCUGCUGGCGUCCAUGGCGCGCAAGGCGGGCAAGAUCUACGGCACCGACGCCAAGGAGGCGGCCGCCGCGCCGCGCCCGCACAACGGCGCCAACUAG